AUUUCCAACAACUUCACCUUCUCGCAAGUUGCCGUAUCGAUCAGUCAUGUCAAAAUUGUCAAACCGAAUCAUCGUACUGCUUGUCAUAAUUUUCGCCGUACUCUGCUUUACGGCAUCUACGACUGACGCCGAGCGAAAUAUCGGUGCUUGCAUACGAAACUGCGCGCAAUGCACAAAGAUGUUCGGCACGUAUUUCAUGGGACAGAAGUGCGUCGACUUUUGCGUGAAAUAUAAAGGAAAGCUCAUUCCGGACUGCGAGGACGAGUACUCCAUUCGUCCUUUCCUUCAAGAGGCCGAGAACGAUUAUUAAUCCUCAGAAUCUAUAGGAACUCUUUGACUCUUUCAAUUUCACAUUUUCACUUACGCGUUAUAAUAUUAACCCGUGCAAAUUGUAUACCAUGUAGGAAAAUGCAAAUUUUGCGUAAAUUAUUUUUGUCGUACGCUAGAAUAAAACUAGUAAUGUGUGUGCAGAUUUAUAAUCUUUGUUACGAAAGCUGUAAAAGCUUGUGCUACUCUGAUCGAAAGUAUGACAAUAUGAAUUUUAAAACGAAUUAUUUCGAUUUUUCAAGAUUGCAAGUUACCUACUAAAUUAAUAAUGAU